UUGACACAUCAUACCAAAUAUUAUCAAAGAGCAGAAGCUACACUACAAUACCAAUAUUUAGUAAUAAAAUGUAAAUCAGCUUACACUAACCCCGUUUAAUUAUAUUGAAAUAUGAAUGUACCGUGAGAGGAAGCUGUUGAAAUUUGUACGCCCUUGUUUUAAAAAGCUCCUUUCGUUCUUAGUACACGUAUAUUCCGUUGGCUAUGUCGCGCUACUCGCAUUCCCAGAGGAUGAGUCUGGGGACUGUUUUUAAUUUUCGAGAUCUUGACAAAAAUGUUCAAGUCCAUCUUAAGAACGUAUACAGUACCCUCUCUAUUGGUAUGAUAAUAUCAUGUGUUGGGGCAUACUUAUUUCAAAUAAACUCUUUUCUGCAGUCGAUUACAACUUCUUUGGUGGUCUUGUCAUUCAUUUUAUCCCUUGGAAGCUCUUUGUUCAUUUAUUUCACACAACACUCAAGAGAAACCCUUCAUUCUAGACUUGGUGCUUUCUUCUUGUUCUGCUUUUCUACAGGUAUUGGUUUUGGUCCACUUCUUCAAGCUUUGUCAGUAAUCAGUCCUGAUACUAUUCCAACUGCCCUUUUGGGUACUGCCUUGAUUUUCGUCUCGUUCACAUUAACAGCACUGUUUACACGAAAACGAUAUUACAUCUAUCUUGGUGGUGAGUUUGUAUUUUUUUUUUCUUGUUUCACUGAUGACUUAAUUGCCUUGUUUUGUAUGUUUUCUAACCCAACUAUUUUGUGUAAUAGCAAAUCCUGAUGUAUUUCAUGUCUAAUGGUGUUGAAGUUGUAUAUGAGUUUGCAUUUGGCACUUCAUACAUCCCCCCACCAUAGAUUAUUUUGGUCUUAAACCCUAUGUGAAUUGUUUGUAGUGCUAAAAUAUAUUCAAACAUCAACCAAUCAGACUUAUUAAGUUAUAGUAGAUGUGUGUUGCUUAGCCCUUUUUUAAGCUAUCAUAAAUUAAGGUUCUUAAUUGGGUUAACUUAUAUCGAAACCGACCACUGAGUCAGACCACCUUCAUUGUAAUUUAAUGAGUAGGAGAGACCUUGCCCUGUCAAACGCUGUGGCAUCUCACAACUGUGUCUGUCUAGGGACAAACAGUGUUUUUAUAUUAGAAUUCCACUUUCGAGUGACCGAAAGCUAUUCAUUACAACCGAAUGUGUGAUUUUAUUGAGUAAUAUAUCAAGUUCAGUCCAUUCAUUUGUUUGUGCUUUUUGUUAUUUGAAUAUUGUAAUCAUAAAGUCACCCCUGACGAUGGACACCUUAACCUCGAAGGCACACUAGUUAUGAUACUGUGAGUGCUAUUGUUGUUCCGACAAUAAAAUAUCGGUUAAAUCAAAACCCUAGCUUUCAUCAGUCAUUUUUGUCAUUUCAAAAUCAACAACUAUUGUAUUUAUUAGCUAGGAAAUUGUUCUCCACACUUUGAUUAUUUAGUCUCAGUUUCUAGUGUUCACAUCUGAUCUAGUCUACUGCUUAUCUCUCGGGUACAGAUUUUUGUAUUUAGCUUCGAGUUAUAAUCUAGGUUUGAUGACUAGUAAUGCUGUCUAUUUUCCCAAAACGAAGUGGGACGGAGUUCUAACUUGCGAAUUGGUUAAUAGUCAAACACGUUAACCACUGAGUUACUGCUCCGCGACAUUUGCAUACGUAAGUUUGUGUUUGAUCGUUGGUACCACUAUAUUUCAUUUAGCUGUACAAUUCGGAUUUAAGUAACUCAUUUACUAGAUACAGGUUUAUCCACUCGGCUUUGUUGGUGGAGUUUUGUUCUCUGAGCUGGAUGGUUUGGUCGUGGAGCUUUCAUCGUUCUUCUGAACGACAUCAUCAGCACAGAACUCCACCAUCUCAACUCAGCUUUGUGCCAUACGUGUGCGUAAAUCCGUAAAAUGCAAAAUGAGCGAAGACUUAUAUAGUAUGUAACUAGUGAUAAAGAAACAAUUGAUCUAUAUUUGGUAAUGUCGCAUGUUGAAAAUAGUAAGAAUAAAGUUUUGAGUAGAAUGAUAGGAUUUCAUUUUGUUUGUUUGGGUUCUCUCAGUUGCUUACAACCUAUACAGAUGAAGCUUGUUAGAGGUAAAUAUUUAUCAUCACAGAUGACCGAAAACUUAAAUAAUAGCUUAACUGGAUAGAUAAAAAGUUGUAGUUCUAUUACUAAUACGAUUUUUUGGUGUCGAUGCAUUGGAAUUUUUUUCUUUGUUCCAUAGCUGGAUUGAUGUCUGCAAUCAGUUUGCUGACAACAUUUAGCUUCAUGAACCUAUUUAUUCGUUCUCCGGCCAUAUACAACGCUGAACUUUACAUUGGAUUGGCUAUAUUUUGUGCAUUUGUGAUUUUCGAUACCCAAUUAAUUGUUGAAAAGCGCCGUAAUGGGGAUACUGAUUUCGUAUGGUGAGUUCACUGAGUUACAUGGUAGAGCUUUCACUACUGAUUGACCUCAGAAUUCAUACAAACACUCUGCACUCUGCAUAUCAAGUCGGGAUUAAUGCAACAUAUCAAAGGCUGACACGAAUGUUUGUCUACCCAGAUUGUUACAAUGCAAAAGAGAAUAUUAACAUGAUAAAGAGCAGAAGAUAGUAAAGGACAUUCAUUGCAAUGAAAAGCUAAAUGCAACGUGGCACUAACUACAUUCUGUUCAAGAUAAUAAGGCCAACUUGUCCACUCACCAAUAGAUUGAUCAAAACAAAAUACGAAAAUUUAAAAAUUAGUAAUCAAAAUAUCGCUUUCAUUCAGGUAUCAAUUUCUGUGUGCAACAGCUUCCGGUUACUGUGUUGAAAUAUAAUAAAAUCCAGUUACUAGUAUCUGGUUCCAUUCCAACCUGUUUAAGAGCUUGAGUGUUCAAUUUGAAUCAUUUACGUAUAGAGAUUUCGCAACUAUGUUCAGUUCGAUACCGAGUGCCUUGCUAGAGUAUCAUGUCAUAGUGUAAACCUGAAUUCUCUCAGUAAGAUAAGGUCACAAAUAGAAUAAUAGUGUUAUAUUUUUAAAAGUGGUUACCGCUCUAAACUGAUGGAUUUUCAAUAUACCGAAUGAUGGAAGUUCACUUGAAGAAAAGUUUAAAUAAUCCAACAACCGUAAAGUCCCAAUAGCUGGGACAUGGUAAUGGCAGAGAUGAAACAUUGAUACCUUAUCUACCAGGCUAAAACUUGUUUGUUUUGGAUUUGCCAUUCCUGACCUACAAGUCAAUCAUGUGGAUAUCAGUGCAUGUAGGUCCAGUAUAUAUGUCUUAGAAAUAGAACAUACACUCAACAUUAUAAUCUGAUAGGAUAUUCACCUGACUAUCACAGUUCAACAAGUUACGUAUUAAGACUCAGUGUAAAAUAUCAUGAAGCGUUCACUGAACUUUUUCUCAAUUUUGCUUAUUUUCUGCCCUGUUUCAGGCACACGUUGGAUUUGUUCAUUGAUUUUGUCGAAAUAUUCCGUCAUCUUCUUAUAAUCCUCAACUCUAAAAGGGUAUGUUCCUAGUUUUAUAUCGCUACGAUAUUUUGAAUGUGAACUGUAACUUAAGAGUUUUGCUGUCUACUUCCCAACAUUUAACACUAGAGAAUACAGUAAUGAAUAGGCCUAUAUAUUCUUAUUAUUGCAAGUGAUUAAAGUUCUAGACAGGUAUUUAUUGUAUUUCACCUAGUACUUCCACUAAUUAAUUUACUGCAUGAUAGUAAUAAUCCUAUUGUGUGACUUGGUUUCCAAAAUGUUUGUAUAAAACUAAGUACCAAGAACUUGUACACAAUCUAAAUAAAUGUAAAGCAAAUGUUAUUAACAAUCUGGUCACAUUACGUAUAAUUACCACUAGAUUAAAAGCGUCUAUAUAUUUUGAUUUUCAAAUGAAUUAUUGAACAGAUCUAAUUUAUAUUAUUAAUUCUUUCCUUUAGAGACGUGAUCGUGAUGACGAUUAAAAAAAAUGGUCUUCAUUUAUUUAGCAGUCGGUUAAUUUGCUUAAAUUGCUUCAUAAUAAUAAUAAUACUACUCUUUAUUGGUAUUAUUUCACUUAAUCUUUCUACUUCGCAUUUUGUUGAGAAACCUUACGAACAAAAUUUAUAAAAAAACAACAACAACUAAAGUACUUAAUUAAUAAUUUGUUAUAAAUUUACGUUGUUCUGAUUAAGUCGAGAUUUACAUGGACUUAACACAAAUAUAUUUCUGUUUUAUUUAUUAAAAAAAAGUGUAUUCUAAAACUCUUUUGCUUCGAAUGUCAAAAUAUAUUGAGAAAUAUGCCCUAACUUUACAUUGCACUAAUAAAAUUGGUUGUUUUUUUUUCACUUCGUCUUUUGGUUUCCUAUUCUUGUGAUCCAUAUUGAAUAGAAGAGUAAGCUAUUGAGAUAUUUUUUAAAUUUAAUUCAUUCAUUAGGUUCCGAAUGUUAAUCAGUUACAACGUAGAACCAGGCACAUACAUGGAUCGGUCCAAGUUGUCAUAGCUCAUUAGCACGGCAAGACGGACACCGGAUUCGAAGAAGCAGUUAACUCGGUGGUGUAAUAUAUAAAGGAAAG